AUGUAUGUGUCAUGUCAAAUGCAUACCCUUGUUUGUUUCGAUCCGGUGAAACGCUGCGGUGAAAUGAACGCAUCGCAUCGCUGCACCGGACCACGAACCGCAUCAGCAACCGAGAUGAGAUCAAAAACAGCACCACAAAGAAAAGUCUGGUUAUCUAGAGCUGAAAUCCAAAGAGCGCUUCCCAGAAAGAGUUUCUUCAGCUGUCAUGAUAAUAAGCUACGGAAGGCAAGGUUUGAAAGCGGAGAAUUUGCUGCGUUUUCAACCAAAUCAAAUCCUCUGGUUCCCGGGUUGUCAAAUGUGAUGCCAUCCAGAUCUGCUAAGGCUUCUUUAAGGUCAGUUGCUGCAGACGAAACCGAUGGAACCGGAAGUGCUGUGAAGACAACUUCUUCUCAGAACGUUUCCAAGGAAUCCAUUACAGGUGAUUCAAAGACUGAAAACAUGAAACCAAAUUGGGUCGAGUCGGUUAAAAAUAAAGCGAUAUCCAGAAUAAAGAACGAAAAUCUGGACGCUCUUGGUCAAAGCCAUUCCAAUUUGCUUCACGAAAACAGUGAGCUCUUCCUUCACGACUGCAAACCGCUUUUCGAAUAUCUUAAAUUUGUGAAAAACAACAAAGACGAAUGGCUAGUAACGUAUGGUAGUGUUCCCCCAUCAAGUCAAAAUCAGCACAUUUUUGCUAGUGCUGCAGCUAAGUCCACAGAAAGUUACCUUGUGACUGCUUCUUAUGAAGUUGGUGCUCGUAGAUCUUUUUUGGUUGACUCCAGACACCAUCCGGAGGUGACGCACGACAAGAACCGGAAGUCACACCAAGAGGACAAAAAGAAUUUGAAAACCCAAGAUGGCAACGAAGUUGAUGAGAUGUCGGAAAUUGAUCGAUUACGUCUGAAAGCCAAAUUAUGGGCCGAGUCGGUGUCAACAUCGACAUUAAUCCGGUGUCGUAUAAAAUGUCUUCAAGCUCUUGGUGAAGAUGAUACAAGUCUCACAACAUGGUGGACUAGCCUUCAAACCUGUACUUAUCUCAGAUAA